AUGUUAGCCCCGAAUUUCCACGUCAACGCCCCGGUCCCGCCGGACCCCGUAGAGAAGGCCCCAACAUACUCCCCAGACGAGGUUCCUUCAUGUGGUGGUCACGGAACCCUCGAGAUUCUGGAGGUGACUCGCUAUCUUGAAAACAAUGGCAUCGAGUGCUGUAUUGUUGGUGUUUCGGCAUUGAUGUUUUACGGUGCUGGUCGUGUACGAGAUGAAUGGGAGCUAUGUGUCCCCGAUGACAAGGUCGGCGAGGCGGUCUCUCUUCUCUCCGCUGAUUCGAUGGCCCACAAAAUUCACGCUGUACCUCCAAUUGCUAUCCCGCAACCUUCGUCUCUAAGCCACACCUAUCACCGAUUCAAAGGCAGGGGUAUUCAUUUUUACUUUAUUGUUGUUCCUGCAUAUCACGCCCACAUUACGCCUGGGCCCUUCCGCAUACGACGCAGCCUAAAUGGUGUACCGUAUCCAACAUUACCGGUCUUGAUGCAAAGCUUCUUGGACAUGAACGACGACGUAUCUCUGUGCGAUUGCAUUGACGGAUCAAAUGUGUCAGAAGAGUGGGGGAUUCAGAACCUCAACUUAGACGGGUCAAAUGAUCUAGAAUGGACCCGGAGAAUGAACAUUGGAGCUGCAGAAGCUGCAAGGGGGAAAGGAUGGAUGUUUGUGCAUUACUUCCCCACAUCAACAAUAAGCAAACGAGAACAGUGGGAGUCGCGGGUGCGAGGUAAGAAGGGGAGGUUAGGCUGGACCACCCCUGAUACAAUAUUUGAGACGCGGUUUCGUCUCAAAGGAUCUCCCGAUCCAUGGACUCAGAAGCUUAUAUCAAGUUAG